UCGUGCCGGGGCCGCCGCCCGCCGCCCGCGCUGUGUCCGCCGCGGGCCCGCUCAGGAUUCCCAGAAGGGUCCUCCCGCCGGGAUUCCCGCUCCUGCUCCCUCAUCCCAGCUCUUCCCGUGCCAAGGAUGCCCUUCCCGCUGCUCAUCCUGGCACUCAGCCUGGCAGGUGCCAUGGAGAUCCAGGUGCCGGAGGAGCCCGUGGUGGCCCUGUUUGGCCACGACGCCACCCUGCUGUGCUCCUUCUCUCCCGACGCCAACUUCAGCGUGGCCGAGCUGAGCCUCAUCUGGCAGCUGACGGACACCAAGCGCCUGGUGCACGGCUUCUCCGGGGGCCGCGACCGGCUGCAGGACCAGGGUCGCGGCUACGCCAACCGCACGGCGCUCUUCUACGACCAGCUGCCACGGGGCAACGUGUCCCUGCUGCUGCGCCGCGUGCGCAUCGCCGACGAGGGCAGCUUCACCUGCUUCGUGCGCGUGCGCGACUACAACAGCGCCGCCGUCGCGCUGCAGGUGGCGGCUCCCUACUCCAAGCCCAGCGUGCACCUGGAGCCCAGCAAGGACCUGAAGCCGGGCGACGUGGCCGAGGUGACGUGCCACGCGUCCCGCGGCUACCCCGAGGCCAGCGUGCUGUGGCAGGACAGCCGGGGUGCCAACCUGACUGCCAACGUCACCACGUGGCAGGUGGCCAACGAGGAGGGGCUCUUCGAGGUGCGCAGCGUCCUGCGCGUGCUGGUGGAGCCCAGCGUCACCUACUCGUGCCUGGUGCUCAACGCCGCGCUGCGCCAACACGGCCACGCCUCUGUCACCAUCACGGGCCAGCCCCUGGCAUUCCCGGCGGUGGCCCUGUGGGUGACAGUGGCCCUGGCCGUGUGCGUGGUGGCCCUGCUGGGCGUCCUGGCCUUCGUGUGCCACCAGAAGAUCCGGGAGAGCUGCCGGGAGGACGAGGAGCGCGCAGGGCCAGAGGAGCGGGAUGAGGAGGGGGAGGAGCCCAAGACAGCUCUGCAGCUGCUGGAAAACACGGAGAGCAGAGAGGGUCGGGAGCAGGAACAGGAGCAGGAGCAGGAGAUCGAUUGACGGCAGCCCCGGAGCCCCGGCCCCGCCCGCGGGUCCCCGAGCGAGCGGCGACACCGCCGGGCAGGUGACACCGCCGGGCAGGUGACACCCCCGUGCAGGUGACACUCCCGGGGAGGUGACAUUUCCAAGCCGGUGACACCCUCGGGGCAGCGACAACCCUGGGGCUGCGAAACCCCUGGGUGGUGACACCCCUGGCUCGGUGACACCCCCGGCUCGGUGACACGCCCGGCUCGGUGACACCUCCAGCCUGGUGACACCCCCGGGGCGCCCCAGCGAGGAGGACCCGGAGCUGCCGCCUCCCCCAUCCCAUUCCCAUUCCCCGCCUCCCGUCCUUCCCGGGAAAGGUGGGGUGAGGAUCUGCCCGGUGUCCCCUUGUCCUUCUGCAUGUCCUUGUGUCCAUCCCAGGGGGACAUUCCUGUUCCCUGCUCUGGUGCUGCUCCGGGCACCUUUCCCCACCCUUCCUGAGCCCAGAGCCUCGGGAAUGGCGGCCGGAGCGCGGGGGGCUCCGGGAGCCCCUUCCCCACGCUCCUUUUCCCGCUCCCUGAGUCCCUCCGGACUCGUCCUGGCCUUAAAUGCUGGAUCCCGGCGGGGUUUGUCCCACUGGAACGAUCCCAGGGCGUUUUUGGGAAGGGGGCACCCGCUGGCCGGGUGAGGUCCUGCCAUGGGGACAUCUCUGGGGACAUCCUGAGCUCAUCAUUCCUGUGGGAUUGGUGGCUUUGGGCGUGUCCCGGGGUGUCCCUAGCGCCGCUGGGGACAUGGGGACACCCCGAGUGCUGUUGGAGCAUCCCUGUCCCGCUCCAGAGCGCGGGAAGUCCCCAGGGGCUCCUUGGGUCGAGUCCUUCUUUAAAAUCCGGGAUCUGGAGGGUUUCUCGUGCCUUGACAAAUAAAUCUGGGACCGUGUUGGUCGA